UCAUUAAUAUCUUCCCCUCACACUUUCUCCGUUUCCCACCUCUGCUCCAAAUAUUUUCCGAGAAAAUUCACAGAGAGAGAGAGAGAAACGGAAAAUAUAUACUUUCACCAAAUCAAAAAGUAUUCUCGUGUAUACAUACGCGUAUAGCCGAUUGCGUUUUCUCGUGAUACACCUUUACGAAAGAUUGUGUUAGUUAGGUCAACUAUUAGGCAUGGGCUCGUCCUUGUCGAAUCUCAACGACGGCGCGACGAAUGAUUCCUCCACGGGGCCUAGCCUCGGCGAUAUUCCGGAAAGCUGCAUCGCCGCCGUGUUCAUGAACCUGACUCCCCCGGAGAUUUGCAACCUCGCCGGUCUUAACCGUUCGUUUCGCGGCGCGGCUUCGUCGGAUUUCGUCUGGGAGAAGAAGCUCCCGCCGAAUUACCAGGAUCUGCUCGAUUUGCUGCCGCCGGAGAGGGUUCUUGGUCUCUCCAAGAAGGAUAUCUUCGCUGUGCUCUCUCGUCCCAUCCCCUUCGACGAUGAUAACAAGGAGCUGUGGAUUGAUAGAGUUACGGGACGGGUUUGUAUGGCGGUUUCUGCGAGGGGAAUGGCUAUAACUGGGAUUGAAGAUCGGAGAUAUUGGAAUUGGAUUCCGACCAAUGAGUCCAGGUUCCAUGUUGUAGCCUACUUACAGCAGAUUUGGUGGUUUGAAGUUGAUGGGACGGUGACAUUCCAUCUCCCACCUGGUAUCUACUCUCUGUCAUUCAGAAUCCAUCUAGGCGGAUUUGGAAAAAAGUCUGGGAGACGUGUGUGCAACUACGAACACACGCACGGCUGGGAUUUGAAGCCUGUAAGGUUUUCGCUUUCGACUUCUGAUGGUCAAGAGGCAUCAUGUGAGUAUUACUUGGAUGAUGUGAAGAGAGAGGAAGCUCACGGGCACCACAAGCGCGGUUUCUGGAUCGAUUAUAAGGUUGGGGAGUUCGUAGUGACUGGAUCAGAACCAUCUACUGAGAUCAAAUGGUCCAUGAAACAGAUUGACUGCACUCACUCUAAAGGCGGGCUAUGUGUUGAUUCAGUCUUCAUUAACCCAAUUGGUGAUUUGAAAGAUUACAGAACGAAAUCUUUUUGUGAAAUAAGUUGAAGAAAGAAGAUUCUUUUGAAGAUGGUAUAGGAUAUGAUCGAAUCAUUUCAAGCUGUAUUCCCUAAAUAUCCUAAAGAAGUAUCCAAAAAAUGUUCAAUGUAGGUCCAAAAAUACUAUAAAAAGAAUAGACAAAACAGAACAAGGACAGAGAAGCCAGAGUGUAAUUCGGCUGAAUUGGGAAUGGCCAAAAACGCAUCGACCAUCAUCUGUCCUAGCCGGACCUGAGAAGACGUGGUCAGAUGCAAGCCGUCCGGUUCAAGAGGUAGGCCCUUUGCGUCAACACAAUGCACGUUCUCAAGACCCGUCUCCAGUUGUGCUUUCCUUACCGCGUCAAGAUAUGGUCCUGCGCCUGUAGCAAGAGCCACCUUUUGUUGUUUAUCGUCCAUACCAGCAAAGAGACACAAAAAGAUAUUAGAAGAAUGUAGAGUAGUAUCAAUCAUAUGUAUAUUCUAGUUUUAUUUGGAAAAUACCAAAAAGUCAAAUUGAACCA